CAAGAUGUGCAUGUGAAUUUGGAAUUACCCAAGAGGGUGUUUCAGAGCUGCCUGCCAAGAGUGGUGUCUUCUAAUCUCGAGAGCAGCUGCCGGGCACAAGCAUGCAAACGCACACACAUACACACAGACACACUCACAGAGCCUCUACCUGCCUCUACUUGUCUGUUCUGGGCAGAUGGCUCUCGGUUUUUGGGUCGCCUCAUCCUGCAGCCCACUUCAGUUAGACCCUUUCUUCUGUGGAGACUGGCAAGCCGUGGGGUGAAGGAUUCGGCAAAGUUGCCUGUCUUCAGAGUAUGAAGGACGCUUUCCAGAGAGGAAAGAGGGUUAUAUUCAGUGUUUGGGCCCAGUCAGUAUUGGGCUCCCCACUGCCUAUCCUUUGCAGAACUGUCAGUGGCCUCUGGUUGCAAACUCUCCGUGGCUUUGAAGCCCACAAAACAAAAACUGAAAGAGUGUCCAAGAAGAAGAGAAGAAAACGUUGUUGGUCCCUGGAUUCCACUAUUGGAUUUUGGUGGGGAUGAGAAGAGAGAACUGCUGGGCAUAAUCAAGCCAAGGUACAUGCACAUUAAGGCUUUAAAGAAUGCGUUCCAGAAGCAGUGACACAGAGGGCUCAGCCCCAAAGCAGUUUCCAAGACAUAGUAAAGGCCAUGGUUUCCAAGGGCCUGAGGACAUGAAGCAGAGGCAGCAAGACAAAGACCCCACCAGUGAGUCGGAGGCAAUUCUUCCCUGUCCUAAGUCACACGGUGGUAUCGGUCACCAAGGAGAGGACCUCUCAAGAGAUGAUCUAUUAUUUCUUCUGAGCAUUCUGGAAGGAGAACUACAGGCUCGGGAUGAAGUCAUAGGCAUUUUAAAGGCUGAAAAAAUGGACUUGGCUUUGCUGGAAGCUCAGUAUGGGUUUGUCACUCCAAAAAAGGUGUUAGAGGCUCUCCAGCGAGAUGCUUUUCAAGCAAAAUCUGCCCCUUGGCAGGAGGACAUCUAUGAAAAACCAAUGAAUGAGUUGGACAAAGUCAUGGAAAAACAUAAAGAAUCUCAUAGACGAAUCCUGGAACAGCUUUUAAUGGCAGAAAAAUCUCACAGGCAAACCAUAUUGGAGUUGGAGGAAGAAAAGAGAAAACAUAAAGAAUACAUGGAGAAGAGUGAUGAAUUCAUAAGCUUACUAGAACAGGAAUGUGAAAGAUUAAAGAAGCUAAUUGACCAAAAAACUGAGUCCCAGGAGAAGAAGGAGCAAGAAAAGGAAAAGAAGGUCACCGCCCUGAAAGUGGAGCUGACCAAACUGAAGUCUUUUGCUUUGAUGGUGGUGGACGAACAACAAAGGCUGACGGCACAGCUUGCCCUUCAAAGACAGAAAAUCCAAGACCUAACCACAAGUGCGAAGGAAACACAUGCUAAACUAGCCCUCACUGAAACCAGAGUUCAGGAAGAAGAGCAGAAGGCGAACAGACUAGAGAAAGAACUGCAAACACAAACCACAAGGUUUCACCAGAACCAAGAAACAAUUAUGGCAAAGCUCACCAAUGAGGACAGCCAAAAUCGCCAGCUUCGACAAAAAUUGGCAGCACUCAGCCGGCAAAUCGAUGAAUUAGAGGAGACAAACAGGUCUUUACGAAAAGCAGAAGAGGAGCUACAAGAUAUAAAAGAAAAAAUUAACAAGGGAGAAUAUGGAAACUGUGGUAUCAUGGCUGAGGUAGAGGAGCUCAGAAAACGUGUGCUAGAAAUGGAAGGGAAGGAUGAAGAACUCAUAAAAAUGGAGGAGCAGUGCAGAGAUCUCAAUAAGAGGCUCGAAAAGGAAACAUCACAGAGUAAAGACUUUAAACUUGAGGUUGAAAAACUCAAUAAAAGGAUUAUGGCUUUGGAAAGAUUAGAAGAUGCCUUCAACAAGAGCAAACAAGAAUGUUAUUCCCUGAAAUGCAAUUUAGAAAAAGAAAGGAUGACCACAAAGCAGUUGUCACAAGAACUGGAGAGUUUAAAAGUAAGGAUCAAAGAGCUAGAAGUCAUUGAAAGUCGGCUGGAAAAGACAGAAUUUACCCUAAAAGAGGACUUAACUAAAUUGAAAACGUUAACUGUGAUGCUGGUAGAUGAAAGAAAAACAAUGAGUGAAAAAUUAAAGCAAACUGAAGAUAAGUUGCAAGCCGCUUCUUCUCAGCUUCAAAUGGAGCAAAAUAAAGUGACGACGGUUACCGAGAAGUUAAUUGAGGAAACAAAAAGGGCACUAAAGUCCAAAACUGACGUGGAAGAAAAAAUGUACAGUGUCACCAAGGAGAGAGAUGAUCUGAAAAACAAACUGAAAGCAGAAGAAGAGAAAGGAAAUGAUCUCCUGUCCAAAGUUAAUAUGUUGAAAAAUAGGCUUCAAUCAUUGGAAGCAAUUGAGAAAGAUUUCCUAAAAAACAAAUUAAAUCAAGAUUCUAGUAAGUCCACCACAGCAUUACACCAAGAAAACAAUAAGAUUAAAGAGCUCUCUCAAGAAGUGGAAAGACUGAGACUGAAGUUAAAGGAUAUGAAAGCCAUUGAGGAUGACCUUAUGAAAACAGAAGAUGAGUACGAGACUCUAGAACGUAGGUAUGCUACUGAACGAGAUAAGGCUCAAUUUUUAUCUGAAGAGCUGGAACGAGUUAAAAUGGAACUUGACAAGUACAAGUUAGCAGAAAAGACAGAGUCCAGCCAUGAACAAUGGCUUUUCAAAAGGCUUCAAGAAGAAGAAGCUAAGUCGGGACACCUCUCAAGAGAAGUAGAUGCAUUGAAAGAGAAAAUUCAUGAAUACAUGGCAACUGAGGACCUGAUAUGUCAUCUCCAGGGAGAUCAUUCAGUUCUGCAAAAGAAACUCCAUCAACAAGAAAACAGGAACAGAGAUUUGGGAAGAGAGAUUGAAAACCUCACUAAAGAGUUAGAGAGGUAUCGGCAUUUCAGUAAGAGCCUCCGGCCUAGCCUCAAUGGAAGAAUCAUCUCUGACCCUCAAGUAUUUUCUAAAGAAGUUCAGACAGAAGUAGUAGACAAUGAGCCACCAGAUUACAAGAGUCUCAUUCCUCUGGAACGAGCAGUCAUCAAUGGUCAGUUAUAUGAGGAGAGUGAGGACCAGGAUGAGGACCCUAAUGAUGAGGAAUCAGUGCUGUCCUUCAAAUGCAACUCAUCUACCCCCUGUCCUGUUAACAGGAAACUAUGGAUUCCUUGGAUGAAAUCUAAGGAGGGCCAUCCUCAGAAUGGAAAAAUACAAACUAAACCCAAUGGCAACUUCAUGCAACCUGGAGAUCUAGUCCUAAGCCACACACCUGGGCAGCCACUUCAUAUAAAGGUUACUCCAGACCAUGUCCAAAACACAGCCACUCUUGAAAUCACAAGUCCAACCACAGAGAGUCCUCACUCUUACACAAGCACUGCAGUGAUUCCAAACUGUGGCACCCCAAAGCAAAGGAUAACCAUCCUCCAAAAUGCCUCCAUAACACCGGUGAAAUCCAAAACUUCUGCUGAAGGCCUCAUGAACUUAGAGCAAAGCAUGUCCCCAAUUACCAUGGCAACCUUUGCCAGAGCACAGACCCCAGAGUCUUGUGGUUCUAUAACUCCAGAAAGGACAAUGUCACCUAUUCAGGUUUUGGCCGUGACUGGUUCAGCAGGCUCUCCUGAGCAGGGACGUUCCCCAGAGCCGAUAGAAAUCAGUGCCAAGCAUGCGAUUUUCAGAGUCUCUCCUGACCGGCAGUCAUCAUGGCAGUUUCAACGUUCAAACAGCAACAGUUCAAGUGUGAUAACUACUGAGGAUAAUAAAAUCCACAUUCACUUAGGAAGUCCUUACAUGCAAGCUGUGGCCAGCCCCGUGAGACCUGCCAGCCCUUCAACACCACCACAGGAUAACCGAACUCAAGGCUUAACUAAUGGGGCACUAAACAAAACAACCAAUAAAGUCACCAGCAGUAUUACUAUCACACCAACAGCCACAACUCUUCCUCGACAAUCACAAAUUACAAUCAAGGAGGUAUGCAAGCAGAGAAUCCCAACACGGAUCCCCAAACCAAAAUCUACAGGCAACACUAAGCUUUCCCCUAAAGCUCCCCCAGGGCCUAUGGAUAAGUCCAUUCACCACACUGGCUGUGGGAAGCUACACAUCAUAAGGACUGUCACCUCUAACACUUUCCUCCACAUGGGAGGGAAAAGGUAAGUCAUACCAAUGCACUGUCUGGAUACAUCCAUCUACAGAAAUAUCUGGAAAGCUAAAAUUACCAGUAUGAAGGCCAAAGAGGAAAGGCCAUCUCUCUAAGAAAUGGUGAAGUGGCAAAAUGACAAAUAAUGCAUUCACAGGUUGCUGGACCCGGUAAACAGGAUCCUAAAAGAGCAGCGCAUCUACGAUUGUUUUACCUGUAGUGUGUAUUUUUAUAUACACACAAACAGGAGUACAUAGCCCAAAUUCUUCCAAUUCCUCAUUCUAUUUGUAAUCCACUCCAAAGUUGGACCUUUUAUCAUUACCAUGGGGUAUGACUGAAUUCAUUAGAAUGGUUCAAAAGUUUUCUGGUGAACUCAGAAGUAACUCUUUCAUUUCACAGAACUUUACUGGAUAUUUUGCUAAGAGGAUAUGCUAGCAAGAAUUCCUAAUCUGCUUCAACUAAGUCAGAUUAUUUCCAUCAAAAUGGCAGCACAAUUAAAAUCAUACUUUAAGGUCUAGAACUAUGAUUUCUUUACAACCAGGAGGAGAAAAAAAAGUGGUAAUUCUUAGUUACAAAGAAGAAAGGAACAACAAAAAUGAGUAACUAUUGAAUACAUCCUUUGUGUCGGACUUGAUAAUCACUGGUGUAAUAUACACACUUGACUACCGGCAGUUAGUCUUCUGUCCAUUUUUUCUAGUAAGUUGCCCUUUCUAUAUAUGCCUGGCCAUGGAAUCACUUUGCUAGACUUAUAAGGAAAACCAUUUUAAAUCGGCAUUUCUGCUUUCUAAAGCAAUCAGGACAUUUAAGAGUCAAAGGUCACCAAACUGAGAUCUUUUAGGGAGAUACAAAUCACUGUCCUGGGUGUUUAAAAAAAGGCAACAAUUUAUCAUCCCAUCAGACAUUCUUCAAUCACAUCACUUCCCCAAAUCAGUGCUAUAGAAAAAUACAGUCAACUCAGCAAGACUCAAAUUCCAAUCGUAAUUUUUUACUCAUUUGACAAUGGGCUUGGCAUUCAUCGUUGUAGGCCUUGAGUUUCUUGUAUGUAAAACAAAAGAGCUGAAUAAUUCUUUAGGUACCUUGCAGUUCUGAUAACCCAUGAAUACGUCCAACUAAGAAUGUUGAAUUCCACCAGUCAUCUACAAGGCGAGACUCACUCCCCUGGCAGUAGUAAGCUAAAGUAAUUCUUUCAUCACAUUUAAAACUCUCUUACUCAAUUAAGAGAAAGGUGUGUAUAAUUCAGUGUGGACAGAGCAACACAAUAAUGUUACAAGACAAGGCAUUUUAAAAAAUAUUUAUUUUUGAGAGAGACAGAGAGGGAGCUAGAAUGAGAGGGAAGGGGCAGAGAGAGAGGGAGACA